CAAGUGACACAGAUUUUAGACAGAAUUCUCACCAUGGUUGACGUAGACCGGAGAAUGUCCGGUCUGAACCCGGCUCACGCGGCGGGUCUCCGUCGCCUUUCCGCCCGAGCUUCCGCCGCUUCUUCACCACUUCCCCUUCGAAAUGGUCUUUUCUCCUUCACCUCUUUAGCAGACAAACUCAUUUCUCACCUCAAAAACUCCGGCAUCCCGGUUCAACCCGGUCUGUCUGAAUCAGAGUUUGCCCUAGCUGAGGCUGAAUUCGGUUUUGUUUUUCCACCUGACCUUAAAGCUGUUCUCUCAGCCGCCCUUCCUGUCGGUCCGGGUUUCCCUGAUUGGCGUUCUUCAGGUUCGGCUCGGCAUGCUCUUCGCGCAUCCAUCGAACUACCCAUUGCCGCCGUGUCUUUCCAUAUUUCACGAAAUACCCUCUGGUCUAAAUCGUGGGGGCCAAGGCCGUCGGAUCUAGAGAAAGCAUUACGAAUUGCACGAUUUGCUAUCAAACGGGCCCCUCUUUUGAUUCCAAUUCUUAACCAUUGUUAUAUUCCUUGUACUCCUACGUUAGCAGGGAAUCCAAUCUUCUUCGUAGACGAGAAUCGAAUCUUCUGUUGCGGAUUCGAUUUAUCCGAUUUCUUCGACCGUGAGUCUUCCCUUUUCCAAAGCCCCGAUCCUAAGUUUUUAUUGAAACAAAGAUCCAUCAACGAGAAAUCUACCAGGUCGUCAAAUGUCUCCCGUCCGAGCCUAGACACCGUUUCUGGAAGCCAAAAACCGAGAUGGGUAGAAUUCUGGAGCGAUGCCGCUACGGUUUGGCGACGGAGGAACUCCACCAACACGUCGUCAUCAUCGUCCUCGCCUGACCGGAUCAUCGAGAUGCCCCGGUUAGAGAUGCCAAAAUGGGUGGAAGAAUAUAUUAAUGAGAUGGGUUCGGUUUUGAGAGAUGGUGGAUGGAAAGAAUCGGACGUGGAAGAGAUUGUUGAUGUAUCUGCAUCUGGUUUCUUUGAUGGAGAAAUGGUGAUUCUUGAUAAUCAAUCUGUUCUUGAUGCGCUUCUGGUGAAAGCUGAUCGAUUUUCGGAUUCUCUUCGGAAAGCCGGUUGGAGCUCCGAGGAGGUAUCCGACGCUUUGGGAUUUGAUUUUCGGGUAGGGAAAGAGAAGAAACCGGGGAAGAAACUUUCACCGGAGGUCGUCCGGCGAAUCGGAAAACUAGCUGAGUCGGUUUGAAGUUAACAUGGAAUUCUCUUUAUUUUUAUUUUUUUUUUAUUAUUAUUUUUUUACAUUCUCGAGACAUCGGGUUUGUUUUGUGUUCAAGAGUAAAUUGAAAUAGAGAUAAGAAAUUGGGAAACGGAAUAUUGUAGUUUGUACUUAAAAAAAAAAAAAGGUAUAUAAGAAUUAUGAUUAAAUUUUUAUUGUACA